GUGGAAGUUGAGAAACAUCUCGGAACAGAAAUGGAAUGCAAGGCUCGCGCUUUCCACGUCUUCGCUAGAAGGAUGUUUCAUUGGACUGUUCUUUUAUCGCCAGAAGAGUUUAUAGGACAGUCGUUUAGGACCCUCCAAGCCAAAUACGAAACAUUAUCGCUGGAUGAAAUCAGACGGAUCGGUGCUUUAGUUAUACAACGAAGCUACAUGGUUGGACCUUCAUCGCACACAUCGGCGCUCCCUGUGCACAUUGGAGACUCCUUUUAUGCAGCGGAUCGACCACAAAGAAAUACUCCCGCCAAGAUGAUAGUACACAUGGCGAAGGUGAAUGAGCUUACGGAUGAAAACACAUUCACUCUUUCCGAAUCAUACCAAGGAGCGAAUUCAGACGGGAGUAUUGUCCUUCCCUCAACUUUAAGUUCACAGCUCGGUAAAAAGGCUUUUCAAAAGGACUUCGAUGGGCUUUUCGACUUCCACUAUGGACUUGGGCUAACAUAUUAUGGGUUGAAGUUAAGUGCCAAAGUAACCGCAGAAGAGCAUGGAAUGCGGGCCUCGACUCCCAGUGCUUCUGAUUCUUCUUUCAAGGAUUGGAUAGAAAUGAAUACACCGCCGUACAAUAACUUGGGAAAACUCAGUAAAUAUUAUUCCAGGCGAGUGGAGAAGACGCUCACCGGCAGACCAUGCAUAACCACUAUUCCGAUCAAGUUGCCUUUUGAGAUAUCGGAAUCUACGGGUCGAAUAUGGUCUAUGCUUAGUUCCGGGUAUAUGCUAGACGAUUCUGGGUUUGCUGACCACAAUCUCAUGGGAGCCACUGAGGUGUGCAAUACAGCUGCUGCAUCAUCGGAUCCGCUCAUAUCACUGCUGAAGCUCGAGGGGAAGGCAAAUGAGUGCAAGUGGCAGUGGACCCAGAAGAACAUAUCCACAACCUGUUAAAGGCGUAUGCCACAGGAUCCCAUUGGGGAACCAAUUUGCACGGGCUUUCAGGCACCUUACAGACUAGACCAUUGCAAAACUCACAUUAUUGCUUAUAUGUGAAUCAGUAAAAAUG